CCGACCGAAGUUAUUCCUGGACCUUUCUUCCAUCCCUUCCCUCGUAACGAUCCCCUUCCCUUCCAUCCCGGAUCCACCCUCUCGGCAGGCGACUGAAUCGUGGCGACGGAGGAUCGCGAAUGGAAGUCGCCAAGGAAAAAUAGUUCUCCAUGGGAGAUGUCAUCGCUGGCAUUUGAGGGAGGUCACUAGGGCUUCAUGACUUGGAAACAGAUGACAGAGAAACUUAUACAAAAUUUUCAAAGAUAGCUUCUAGAAGUAAAAUUUCUGAUGUUAGAACCAAGAAGUGCUCACAGACCCACCAUUAUAUAUAGGCCUAUAUUACCUUCUGAUCUUGAAGCUCUUGAGCAGAUCCAUGUUUCCUUAUUUCCUAUAAGGUAUGAGAGAGAGUUCUUCCUCAAUGUUGUACGUGGCCAUGGAAUAGUAUCUUGGGCUGCUGUUGACGUUUGCAGGUCUGAUGGCCGUAAUGGUGAACUUAUUGGCUUUGUCACUACUCGUCUAGUCUUGGCAAAAGAAAGCGAGAUUGCAGAUUUGAUUCAAUAUAAUGCUUCAAGGAAAGAUGCAACACUAGUCUAUAUUUUAACGCUUGGUGUGGUAGAACAUUAUAGAAACCAUGGCAUAGCAACUUCACUUAUACAAAAGGUAAUUAAAUAUGCUUCCAGCAUCAUUAGUUGCAGAGCAGUAUAUUUGCAUGUCAUUUCCUACAAUUUGGCAGCAAUAAAUUUCUAUGAGAAGAUGUCGUUUAAGCUCAUGAGACGAUUGCAAAAGUUUUACUACAUCAAUGGGCAGCAUUAUAAUUCCUAUUUGUUAGUAUAUUAUGUGAAUGGAAGCCAUUCUCCCUGCACUCCCUUGAAUAUCGUGGCAGCAGUAGCAGCUUAUUUUAGGGGUCUUAUAAGGAUGUUGGCAUCCAAACUAUGGAGGAACGAGGAUAGGCAUAUGCGAAGAUGGCCUAAAUGUAAAGAAGCAAACACUCUUCUAGUUACUCGAAACGAGAGGAUCCCUGGCGCAGAGAAUUCUGCAUUAGAGUGCGUAUAAUUAAGGUUGAUGCAAUCAAUCAUCUUCGAAGAUCGACAUAUUUAUCUAUUUCCAGUCACACUGUUGUAAUAUCAUCCUUUUUGUGUAUUCACUAGACAGUAGUGAUUAAUCACAUGUUGCUGAUUUGUCAACUUGUAUACAGAAAAUAAUCUAACCUCUCAUUGAAGUUCUAUAUAUACAACUCUCUUGAUUUGGUGCU